AUGCCCAUUCUCCUCGCCAUCCUGUGCCUUGUUGCUGGGGGUCUUGCAGCCCCAGCAAAUCCAACACAACUUCAGACGUGUCUCAAUCAAAUUUUCAACGCGACGAGUGCUGGCAGCGUUCAUUACCCAUCGGAUGCUCUCUACCAGCUACUCUACGUCAAGGCAUAUAACACAGACAUCCCAGUCACGCCAGUUGCAAUCACCCAGCCAAAGACAGUUCAGGUGGUCUCCAACGUCGUGCAAUGUGCCGCAGCAAGUGGAGUCAAGGUGCAGCCACGAAGUGGAGGGCAUAGUUAUGGAAAUUAUGGUAUCGGCGGCGAGGAUGGGGCUGUAGUCGUCGACCUUGUCUACUUUCAAAAGUUUAUGAUGGAUAAUACGACAUGGCAGGCUACUAUCGGCGCGGGCACCCUUCUUGCCGAUGUUACCUCUCGUCUACACAACGCUGGAAAACGCGCCAUAGCCCAUGGGACUUGCCCACAGGUUGGUAUCGGUGGACACGCGACUAUUGGCGGAUUGGGUCCGAUAUCACGUCAAUGGGGAAGCACUUUGGACCACGUCCUCGAAGUAGAAAUCGUCUUGGCUAACGGAACAAUCAUAAGAGCGAAUUCAAGCCAUAACCCAGACGUCUUUUGGGCGGUAAAAGGUGCUGCGGCGUCAUUCGGUAUAGUCACCGAGUUCGUUUUCCGCACGCAUCCUGAAGUUGGAAAUGCUGUGGUUUACAGCUACAAGCUAUUGUUAGGCAGUCAUGCGUCCCAUGCCUCAACCUUCGCAGCAUGGCAGUCUAUCAUUUCAGAUGCCAACCUUGACCGCCGCUUAGCAUCCCAAGUCAUAAUCUUCCAAUUGGGAAUGAUCAUUUCUGGCACCUUUUUUGGUUCUCGUGAAGAGUUCAACGCUCUCAACUUCACAGCUCGUUUGUCGGGGAACUCGACGGACGUCGCUGUCUCGGUUCUUGAUUCGUGGUUGGGCAUCGUAGGGAAUUGGGCUGAGACAGAAGCGUUAAAGGUUGUGGGCGGAAUCUCUGGGCCAUUUUACUCCAAGAGUCUGGCGUUCAAGUCCACUGAUCUCAUAGCUGGAAGCGCAAUUAAUGAGUUCUUUGCAUAUCUUGACAAGGCGAAUAAGGGAACAUUGAUCUGGUUCGCCAUUUUCGAUGUGGAAGGUGGCGCGAUCAACGAUGUUGCUCAAGAUGCUACUGCCUAUGCUCACCGGGAUGCACAGUUCUACUUGCAAACCUACGCCAUAGGCAUUGGUUCAUUAUCUGAUGCAACAAGGACAUUUGUUCAAACCAUGAGCGAUAUUAUCACCAGAUCGUUGCCUGGACUCACGGGAGCCUAUGCGGGUUAUGUAGAUCCACGUCUGACCGAUGGGCAGCAGCAGUACUGGGGGACAAAUCUCCCUCGGUUACAAACCAUAAAGGCCAUUAUCGAUCCCGACGAUGUCUUCCACAAUCCUCAGAGCGUCCGACCUGUUGUCUCAAAGACUCCCUCCACGAAUACGACAACAUCAACGAGUGCAGAUGCGGCAAAUUCUACCACCCCUACCUCCUCGCAAUCGUCGUCCAGUGCGUUGAGGAGAAGAAGAGGCACCUCGAUGUUCCUGGGUCUGAGUUGGGUUCUCUUUAGCGUUGCGUUGCUAUUGUAG